AAUGGUAGUAGGUUGACACAAAAAUACUUUUUAUAAAUAUUUGGAAACAAAGCUGUUUUUAUUCAAAUUGCUUAACAAAUUUUCAAAAAUGAAUACGUAAUAUGUGAAAAAAUGUGUAGAAUCUAAGAUAUUUUUUCUAAUAAUCAUAUUUAUACGCUUGUAACAUAACAGCAUACCACUUUCUUUGUCGCGGAUACUUCUCUCAUAAAUAUCGAUCGAUUACGAAAGAGUUUAGUUGUGUAUUAUUGUAAAAUAACAGUAGAUACACAAAUGAGGAUUGUUAUGAAAGGACUCAUUACAGUUAUGUUUUAACUUAUCGAUAUAAACGCUGACAUAACGAAUAAGAGGAAUGUCUAGCAAAAUCACAAUCAGCAUAAAUAAACACACUGCACGAACGAAUACUUUUGAAAUGUAUCCGUAUUUAAAAUCGGCUGAAUCUUAAUAAUGAAAUAGUUAUAUCUAGUGUCUUGUGUGGUUGCAUUGCAAAUAUUGUCCAUGUACUGCUGCUCAUUUCUUUCACGGCUGGGAGUCGGCAUGGCGAGCAUGAGCUCCACGCUCGUCGAGACGGUCUCCAUCAACUAUGAGGACUUUAACGAGAGCUUCCUCACCUGCGGCACCUGUCUGUGUACAUACGACGGAGGUGAACACACCCCAAAACUCCUCCCGUGCUCCCACACCGUGUGCUUACAUUGCCUUACACGCAUAGCUGCUUCUCAAACCAGGGACUCCGGAAGCUUUCGAUGUCCAAUCUGCCGCGAACUCAUCACUAUACCACGAGGUGGGGUGCCAGCCUUACCUCCUUCGUUCCUCGUCAACCAGUUACUCGAUUUAAUGGCAAGGCAAAGACGCGAAGUCAUACCCCAGUGCAGUUCCCACCCCGGUAGAGAGCUAUUGUUCUGCGAGACUUGCGAUUGCGUGUUUUGCAGGCACUGCGCUGACGGACCCCAUAGCGACACCCCAUGUGACCACACCGUAGUGCCGUUCUCCAUAGCUUUAAAGAGAAUGUCUGAAAUACUUUUGUAUAGAGCCAACGAGUGCCUCAGUAAGCUAGGAGCGGCCAGGGAGGCUGUAGCUAGUGAAUUGCGACGGCUCGAGGCUGCGGCGACAGCAGCUGACGAGGCGAUAGAUAGACACUUUGCUGAAUUGAGAAGUGCGUUAGAUAAACGACAUAAUGAACUGAAGUCUGCCGCGGCAGCCGCUGCUACGCAUAAACGAAAACUGUUGGAAGAGCAGUUGAAACUGAUCGACGCUGAAAAAUCUAAGGUAGAAGCGGAAUGUUCUGGUCUCCAACAGCAAGUGGAAGUGCGAGAAGUCAGCAGUCGUGCCGCUGCACUUGGUGCGAGACUGGGUGAUGCUGCAGCGUUGGCCGAACCCAGAGAAAAUGCGUUUCUGGCCGUGGACUUCGCACACAACGACGCUCAGCAGCGGUUCUCUGAAGCUUUGGCCGAGUUGGGCAGAGUGAGGACGAGUACUACGUUCCCGGGGUUGUGUACUUUGCAAUUAGAAUCGGCAUGCGUGUGCGGUCUCGAAGUAGUAGUCUCUCUACGCACGGUGGACUACCACGGUGAAGCCCGCAGCACCGGCGGCGACCCGGUGACGGCCGCCGCCACGCUGGACGACGCUCCGCUCGCUUGCACCGUCACCGACACCGAUACGGGGCUCUAUCGAAUAACAAUGCGGCCGUGGAGCGCGGGCGCGAUCAGCGUGCGCGUGCUCGUGUUCGCGCGCGCCGUGCGCGACUCGCCGCUGCGCGCGCACGUCGCCGCGCGCGCCGCGCCCGACCGCGUGUGGGGCGCGCGCGGCGCCGGCAAGGAGCAGCUCAGCCAGCCCGUGGCGCUCAUCAGAUGUCCGAAACGUCGAGAGAUCUACGUACUGGAUGCUGGCAACUCACGGGUGAAAGUGUUGGACGACGAGACGCUUGCAUUUAAAACCCAUAUCGUUAAUGAGGGCUUGGCCGGUCGUAGCUGCACGGGCAUCGCGGUCACAGAAGAUGGCGUUGUCGCCGUCAACUGGCGAACCCGAACUGUCACUGAGGUGAACAUCGACGGCGCGACGCUGCGCACCAUCAAGUCGGAGCGGCUGGUGGAGCCGGUGUGCGUGGCGGCGCACGCGGCCUCGCGCCGCCUCGCCGUCGCCGACAACGGCGCGCGCUCCGUCUUCGUGUUCGACGCGCGCGGCCGCCUCGAGCGGGAGGUUGGCAAUGGGACACUAGGUCUUGUUGGUGGUCUGGCUCUAACCGAAGACUUGAUCAUUAUAGCAGAUGUAGCCGUUAGAAUCUAUGAUUCUGAAGGGAACCUGCAAACUAUCCUCGCGCCAGUACCUAAAGGUCGCGGAGGGUAUGGAGGCAUAGCCCUAGAGCACACUCCCGAAGGCCUGUACAUAGUCUGCGCUCGGUCCAUCAAAGGGAAACCAGCUCUCGUGGUCCUGGAGCCCCAGGGCUCCGGUAUCGUGGCGGCUUGCGAGCUCGCCGACAAGAGGCCCCGCAGGGUGGCCGGAUUGACGCUGUUGCCCAAUAAGAAGGCGCUAUUGGCUGAUCUAGCGGGAGAUUGUCUGCGGCUGCACACAUAUUGGUGAAUGAUGGCCGCGAACGAAUGACAGAGCCGGGAAGGUGAAUGGUGAACGAAUUUCAUGCUAGUCGAAUAUAACCGGGAAUCGAAUGUUGGCCAUAAUCUCGCGAGCGCUACCAAAGACGUGGCCGCGCCACCCGUCGCGUGCGAACGGGAAUGAGAUACAAAGUCGCAUCAUUUUGAGUGCAGCACUUGACAUUGUACUCGAAUAAAUCGAUACGUAUAUUCGAAAACAAGUCAGCUUGUUGAGAGUCGUAGCGCAUAACCAGACUUGUCGCUUUUGGCAUUCUCAUCGAGUCAAGCCUUCGCUAUUAGAGUUAUGAGCGAAUUUCCUACGAUACUUGAUAAUUAUAAAAAAAUGUACAAUUUUUAAUUAUUUUUCUUUAUAAAAAUUGUCUCAUUCGCGUUCACACGGAAGUAGAUAUAGUACUUACAGUAUUUAUUUCGCAAUUAAGUUUAUGUAAGUUCUCAAUUUUAUGUGUAGUUAGUUUUUUCGACUGAUUUUUUUUUUUGUUUUUUUUUUCUUUUUACGUGACGUGUUUGGUUUCGGGUUAUGUGUUUUAAACUAGUCUGUCCUUGAAAUUGUGUAAAAUGGAUGUGAAGGAAAGUAAAUUUUCAUAAUUUUAUUAAAACACUGCACCACUUUUAUAUAGUCUGAUUUAAUCGAGAAUCUUAUAAAAAUAAAUGCGUACUUUUUUCGAUUGACUUAAAAUAACACCAAUUUUUUUUAUUGCGACCUCAUGGAGUAAUAUAUACUUGCUCGACACCGAUCUUAUAAUAACUUGUUAAUGAAUCGCCAUUAUUCACAAUAAAAAAGAUAAACAACAAUAAUUAACACAAUUCAUUUGGAAGUUGUCAUAAGAGAGUGCUAGAAAAGGGAGGUCAAUGUAAAAAAAUACUGGAAAUUUGCCGCUGUACAACAGAAUUUGUUGUCUGGCAAUUUUGAGACUUAACUCAUGUGGAAUAAGGUUUAAAUGUACUUACGUGUAUACACACGUACGCCUAUAAAAACUAAUAAAAAAUUUGGUUCGAACGAGCCGAGGAAAGAUCUGAUAUACGUGACAAUAUGAAUGGUGUCUAAUUUAAAUAGAUUAAGUUGCAAUAGCUAAAUAUACAGUUUUUUUAUGAUUUUCAAAUUUAUAACGACACUUAAUCGAAUGUUUUAAUAAUUCUGGCCUUUUUAUGUAAAUUAUUGAUCAUUUUUAUUAAAUACUUACAUAAAACUUGGGAGAUGAAUUUUCUAUGAUCAAAUCUAAUCAAAAAUUAACAAUCUCUUAUGUAUUGUAGUUUUUCUAUUCAACUAAUCAUUUAUGGAAAGAAAAUCUCUGCUCAACUUUUAUUUUGAGCAGUUUAUAUCAUUAACAAUCUUGUUCUAACAUAUCUUCAAGAUAUCGCUUAAAUGUAUUAGUGAUAAAUUAGUGGCCAUUUUGAAUUUAAUUAUUUUUCAAAAAAUAUCAUCGAAUUCUUCUUGAAAAUCAUUUUGUGUGAACGUGCCAUUACCGAAUACAAAAGUGCUUUAUAUAUAUGCUUCGUGUAUUUUUAGUAUUAAAAAUGGAGAAAAUUUUUCAACAUUUGUGGGUAUCCGUAGAAUCCAUGCAUAAGAAAUGACCAUAUACUGAUAAAUUUUCAAUAUCUAAUGUCAUAUCACAUGUAUAGAUUUCCAAUUCGUCUAGAUAAAUAUAUAUCGCAUAUGCAAAUCACCGUAUCAUUACCUUUUUUAUGUAUUAAAGAAAUACCGUGAGUUAUUCCAAAAUGGCUCUUUUGUUAACGGCAAAUAUUUCAAUCUAAUUUAAAUGUUAAUAAGUAAGAAUGGAAAUAUACAAAAGAAAGCAAUAAGCACUCAGCACCAACCGAUCCAUACAUAAACCAUGUUCCAUUCUAUUAUAACUAUUCGAAAUUCCACGCUACAAAUAUCAAUGUCCAUUUAUUGAAUGAUGUUAUAGAUGGGAGAAAAUUUAUCAAUUUUCCAAAAUACCCUAGCAUUGGGAUAAUACGAAUUAUCUUGAACGAAGACAACUGAAAUAUGUUUUAUGGACCUUUAAAAAAGUAUACUCGACACUCCAAUAGAACAAUUGAAUUAUCUCUGUGUAAAUUGUUAUAUAUAGUCGUUUAUAUUUUGCUAUCGCGGUCUUACGAAGUCAGUGAGAAAUGGAAAGCCGUAGUUUUCUCAUCUUUUACCAAUAUAUUUUCGAAAUUACUACCAAUUACCAAAAAGCAUUUUAUUAUAAAGAUUUUCGUACAAAAGUGUACAGUGGAAUGCCUUUCGCAAAUAAAUUUAAGAUAUUUAUAAUUAUGCGCGACCAUAUCAAACAACAUACAUCGUAUGAAAAUCAUGUGUUACAUUUCAAUGUACAUUUUUGAUUGUAAAUAAUUGUAAAUUUUUCUCAGUAUCUGCUUGUUCAACAAACAAAUGUGAAACAUCUUACCAGUGAGUGCUUUGUUUCACCCGGCUUCGUAAGACAUUUUUAUCAUGAUAUGGAUAUUAAAAUAAGACUUGUAAAAUGUAAAAAUUAUUUAUUUAUAAGUAAUCGCAAGAGAAUCAUGUUGAAUAUUGAUCAAGAUGUAAGUACUAAAAAUUUAUUCACCUUUGCGAAACGUUGAACGCAUCACCGUUUAACUAAAUUAUAUAUAAUCAGUCCAACUAAGGAAGUAAACUUCAAGAGAAACCAUCGUAAAUUCAUGUUUAAAAUAUAUGACAGAAAUAUUGCGCUUGAGUAUAAAUAUAAUAAAAUUUGAUAAUGCGCCUUAAUACUUCUGUCACAUUUCUAUCAUUCCUAAAGAGUAGCAGGUAUACCUUUAUUUCAAAUAAAAAAUACGAAUUAUUGUAUAGUACAAACAAACACUAACUCGACUUGUGGUUACAAGAUGGUAUGUUAUUUUCCUCGUAAAGAUAGAUCUGAAGUUAGACCCCAAAAUAUGAAACUGUUUCAAUGAGUGUUUGGGGAGCAAUUAGUUUGAGGCACCUCUUAGCAUAGUCUUCUAUCGUAGUUACCUUACAGUUGUGUAUCACCGAUUGUUAUUCCGCUAUUAUUAAUGUUCUGUGUUGUCUGUUGUCGUUUUCCCAUAGUUUUAAUAAUUAUUUACCACUGUUUUAAUCGUCACAAAUCAUCGACACUGCCUUUAGGAUUUACGCGCAUUUAAAUAAGCCACAAACACGGGAGAAUUUACUGAAAGUACAGCGUAGCGCAUUGGAACGGUGCAAGCGAUCGGUACAAAUAUAUUUGUGAUCGAAUCAAUCAAUUAGAUAUUGUUAUAUAUAAUUAAUAAGAGAGAAAUACAUUCAGAAGUGGCAGAUUCGUACUUCGUCCACACAAGAGAUUGUAUUUUGGCACGAGAAUAUUUUUGCAUUGACAAAGCGAUGGAAUUGACUGAAAGCCCAUGGAUACAUGUAUUGUAUAGUUAAAGUGUAUUUAAUGUUUAUCAGAGCUGUGAAACUGUACUUAAUCACAGAGUAUCUCAGUAAUGUUGAUUGUCACUAUGCAAAAUACAAUAAAGUUCAAUUUUAC